AUGGCAGAAAAUUCUAUGUUUACUGAGGGCCAGUUCCUUCUGGGCACUUUCGCCAGCAACUGCAGCAGUGGCAUGUCAGUGACGAAGAUCGAGGAGCGAUGGGUCAAUUCCUGGGAGAACAAUGUCAAGCUCGCAAAGUUGCUUGACGAAGCUGGUAUUGAGUUUAUGCUCCCGAUUGCCCGUUGGAUCGGGUACGGAGGAGAAACCAACUUUCACUGUGAUGUUUUGGAAACUAUGACUUGGGCCACCGGAUUGCUAGCCCUUACCAAGAACAUUAAUGUCAUCUCUACAGUCCACACUGCUGCCAACCUUCCUCCGGUUGUGGCAAAGCAGAUUGCCACAAUCGACAGAAUCAGCAAUGGUCGGGUUGGCCUCAACAUCGUUGCUGGGUGGAACAAGCCAGAAUACGAAGCAUUGGGUCUUCAGCUGCCAGCUACCCAUGAGGAACGAUAUGAAUACGCACAGGACUGGUUUGAUGCCAUCAAGGAGCUGUGGACUAAGACAGAGUCCUUCGACUACGAUGGCAAGUUCUUCAAAAUGAAGAAUAUCUUAGGGCUACCGCAGCCAUCGAGGAAGGUUCCUAUCCUGAAUGCCGCUGGCUCGGGACAAGGACGAACGUUUGCAGUCAACAGUGCCGACUUCUUGUUUACCCCUGCCAUUGACCUGGAGAGAUCCAAGGGUGAAGUUGCAGCACUCAAGGAACAGGCGAAGGAGGCCGGAAAGAAGGUGGGAGUUUUGACUCUCUCACAUGUUGUUUGCCGCCCAACUGAGCAGGAAGCCAAAGACUUCUACGACUACUUUUGCACAAAGAACACUGACGAGGGGGCUGUGGAUAACCUUGUUGCACUGCAGUUCGCCCAUGCACAGUCUUUCCCUCAUGACUUGCUCGCAUUGAUCCGGAACCGCAUGGCAGCAGGACACGGAGGUUACCCAUUGGUUGGAACGCCGCAACAGGUUGCAGACGGUAUCAUAUCGCUGCAUGCUGCUGGCUUCAAUGGCACGACAUUGUCUUUUGUGGACUAUGUAAAAGAGUUCCCUUACUUUAGGGAUAAUGUCUUGCCAAUCCUUGAGAAAGCCGGUAUCAGAAAGCCGUGGAAUCCGGCAGCCGAACAAUGA